AUGGUGUCCGCCGAGCUUUUGUGGCAGUGUGUCAAAAAGACGAACUGCUUUUUAAAGAAGUCGAACGGCAUCAUCCUGACAAGUGAGCCGCUGAAUCUCACGCAGAAGAACACCUUGCGCCACUCCGGUCUGUGCCACAAGCAGCCUGUGGGCCUUUCCCUCGUUGGUAACAACUGCGCAGUGAAGCUCUCCUACAAGCAGAAGGCGGGCAGGAAAAUGCGUUACCCCAAGCGCGUCAUUGCCAGCAAGAAGUUCCCCAAGACGCACAAGAAGACCAAGGAGAUCCAGCGACUGGUGGCUGCUCAGAGGCCUGACCUCGUCCGCAUUGCAGAGAAGCGUUUCCACAAGAUGUGCAAGACAUCUCCGAUAGAAGUGGAGAGCGAAGAAGAAUAG